AAAGCGUAUAUUUUUCCUGUGGAAGAGGCUCUCUCCACCUUCGGUGUUCCGACUUCUUCUACACUUGUUGGUGGACUCGGCAGUGUGCGUGCCUGAGAUAGAGGCCAACUAACACAUAUUUGUGUACGUGCAGCAAAUAUCUGUACAAAGCAAAAGAACGUAAAUGGUGGCGCUUGAACUGUGAAUAAAAAGGAAAAAUCAGAUCAUUUUUAGUUCUAAGUAAACUAAAUUGACUGGCAUAUCACAACCGGAAAUAAUGGUUAAAGGACGUCGAACUCGUCAGACCAACCCCACUGGUCAGUGGCUUACAUCUUCUGCAGUUGACGAUACUGCAAGCCCCAAGCGCAAGGAUUUCAAAUACGACAACUUAUCUCAUUUUACUAGCAAUGACACAUCGGCAGACGUAACCGCUCCGAUGAUGUUGCGUGGUGGUCGUACCAAGACGAACGGUAUUGCUAAAUAUCUGACGACUGGAAAGCCUUCGAUGCCGGUAGAGAAUGACAAUAAACUAGUAGCCACAACACAAUUCAUUGAUCUCACUGACGAAAAUACAUGUGAUUCGUUUGAGAAUGUUGCAAGUGGUAGCGGGCUGUUGGCCGGAUUUGCCUUCGGCACGAUUCAAAGCAAUCCGGCGAGUAAUAUAUUCUUGCAGGAGCCAGUGCUCAGCUUGAAUUUUGAUAAGACGCCCACAGAUAAAUCUCGCAUGGUAAUCAAGAACUCUUUCCUGGCAAGCGAAAUACAACAGAAAUUCUCACCGCCCAAGUGCGAUCCUAUGUGGGGUAGCGCGGCCUCGUCCGUGACGGUUAAGAUUGAAGCAUCCGACUAUGCUCUUGAUCUGUCGAAACCAACCCAAGUGACAGAGAUCGACUCGACAACGUUCUUCAGUCAAGAUAGCAAUUCGUGUGAUAGUGGCGACAGUGGGGUGGUUAUACUCCCUACUGGCACCCUGGAGUUGGCCGACGGCAAACGUCGAAAGCCAGCUACCCCUCAUCGCAUCCUGUGCCCGUCGCCGGUGAAGAAUCCGCUGGUAGCAAGUCCAUCCACAGCUUUGGCGCACCUGAAUAUUCAAAGCAAGAGGGCCACAAGAAGGAAUGUGAAAUCGAAGCGAAGACUUAAUGUUAAGGAAUCCGAAAACGCUUUAGAAGACACGGAGGAGACAAAUCCAACAGAUGUUAAUAUCCUACCGAACACAGCUGAGCUGGAUAAGAAGAAGCCGGUCUUGAAUGAUUCGGUAAAUCCAACUGCUCAGCAAAACACCAACAACAAUAACCAAAGCAGUAAGCAAAGCGACGUUCCUACAGUCGUAUCGACGAAUGUUGGCAAACAUAGUGGCGAUGCGGGUACGAAUAAGAAACUCACAGAUUUCUUCCAAGUCCGGCGAAGUGUGAGGAAAACUAAGAAAGAGGUACUGUGGGAAAGAGAUCGCGAUAUCGAAAAAGCCAUCCGCGAGCAGCGAGAAUCGGGAUUGAAGAUUCAACACUUUGAGGAGAAAGGGCGCGGAAUCGUUACCACGAGACCUUUCUUGAAGGGAGAGUUUGUAGUGGAGUAUAUAGGCGAUCUCAUCACUGUAUCGGAAGCGAAGGAACGGGAGCAGAUAUAUGCCGAAGAUGACAGUACCGGUUGCUAUAUGUAUUACUUCAAACACAAAAACGUUCAGCAUUGCAUCGACGCCACCGCCGAGAGCGGCAAGUUAGGCCGGUUAGUAAAUCACUCGCGUAACGGCAAUCUUAUGACGAAAACGGUUUCCCUGAACAACCGACCUCAUCUGGUGCUACUGGCCAAAGAAGAUAUCGCGGAAGGCGUAGAGGUAACGUACGAUUAUGGAGACCGUUCCAAGGAAGCCCUGCAGCACCAUCCUUGGUUGGCAUUCUAGAGAUGAGUUCCCAAUCGCGGGAAAGUUCAAUUCCUAUUCUCGAACGAGCGUAUUUCACAGCCAAGUACCCGCCAUAUGUUUGUGCUAAAAAGUCAAGUGAGAGCAGGAUACAGCGGAAUAUUGUAAGCAUUUUGAUGUUCCUUCUAAUUCCCAAUUAGCAUGAUGAUAACGAUGGUCUACGUGCCCGCAAGGAUAACUUUUGGGAAGCGAAGUAAACACCUACUUUGUCUCUUGCACUGUAAAUAGCGUACACCUGAGAAAACAAUAAUUAUUCUAGCAUAAAGAAAGAUCAUCAUAAACACAAAUUUUACACAUAAAAAAGAUUGCUCUUUAUUGAAAGAGAUUUGUUGCAAUGCAAACAACUGAUUUGAUUGACUCUAGUUUAGACGUGACUGUGUAUUCCUGAAUGAAGCAUAACUCGGACGAAUCAGUUUGUUAUCCUAUUUAUUUUUCUCGAAAUAUUCUUUCUUUCUAUUCAAUCUUAAAAUAGCAGCUCAAAUAUUUUUUUCCAUUUUGAAGGCAGGUUUGAGAUUUAAAAUGGAUAACUAGGAUGAAAUAUUUUAUACAAACAUAAAUUAGAAACUAUUUUCUUAUAAUAGGUAUAUGGAAAAUCCAAGAUUUUGCUGAAUCAGUUAGCUAAAUGGCGUAUAACUUUAAAUAUUUAUUAAUACACCCAGCCAAUUUAAUGGUUGCAAUUAUAAGAUAAAUCAUGUGAAAUAAAUCAUUGCAUGGAUACUGUCUGCCAUUGCAUCGAUGGA